AUGGAAGAUAAUUUUGAAUAUUUCUAUGAAAUGAUGGAAGAUGAUUCUGAAAAUUAUCCUGAUAAUGAAUUUAACAUAGAAGCUGCAAAAAAUUCAGUAGUCCCAUCUAAAACUUAUUGUUUACCAGAAACUAAUAUCCAGCCCACGCCUCAUCUUUCUAUAACAUCUUUAAAAGAUAAAGAAAAAGCCCAAAAACCUAAAAAGAAGUAUAAACAUAAAGAGCCAUUGUUCACUCAUGAAUACUUUGAAAUGACAGUCAAUAAAAAUGGUGAAGAAGUAGACAGCCAUGAGAUCUUAGAUGACAAAGACAUAAAAAAG